AUGGCACGCUCCAGGAGCCGCUCAGCCCCCCGCCCGGCGCCCCGCCCCGCUAGCCGCCCGCAGUCGCAGGGCUUCCAGACUCAGGCCCGCCAGGCGCCUCCCCAGUCGCCACCGCCAAUGCCGCACCACGCUCCCCCGCCGCCGGCCAUGCCGCAGCAGGGCGGCGGCAUGAUGGCGGGCCUGGGCGGCAUGGUGGCGCAGGGCAUGGCGCUGGGCACAGGCAGCGCGCUGGCGCACCGGGCAGUGGACUCUGUCCUGGGCAGCCGCCACCCCGAGCCGCAGGCAGCCACCGAGGCAGCGCAGGAGAUUGUGCGGGAGCAGCAGCCGUGCGCGGACCAGGCCAAGGCCUUUGCCGACUGCAUGAGCUGGGCGCAGGGCGACAUGGGCGCCUGCCAGCAGUACUUUGACAACAUGCAGGCCUGCCGCCGCGCCGUGCAGCAGUGA